AUGACCACCGACCCCGACCUCUCCCUCGCCACGGCAAAGGAGCUCUUCCUGGACAAAUCUCGAAAGGCCAUUCGCGAGCUUGUCAAAAGCGAGAGAUACCAGCUACGGGCUCGGAGCCGAAGCAUGGAACGCCUGCCGCAGUCGAGCUGGGAGGACAAGGACGACAGUGAGGACUACGACCCCGAGAUGGAGAAGAAAAAGAGCCAACGGAAGAGGAAACGAGCGAUGUCAGACGAUGGCGCGAGCUCCUCGGCGAAAAAGGUCGCGCUGAGUGAGGAGUAUUUGUCCGCUCUGUCGGUCUCUUUAAGUCAGGAGGACGAGGGACAAGAUCUCAACGCGCUGGCGGUUACUGGUUGUUCGGUGCACGCAGAAGAUAAUAGCACUGCCGAAGCUAUGGAUCUGGAGCCGCCCGCGUUGAAGAAUGAGGGGAACGACGUGGGACGACAGAGCACACCUCCACCCCAGUCCGCAUCUGAGGAUAUCGAAAUUUCCACCCCGGCCGUUAAUGCGAGAACGAUAGAGGCAGAAGGCGCCGCGAAACCCGAAACUGAGGAGGUGGAAGAUGCAAGAGUCCCGAAAACACUGGAGAUCUCGACCUCGUUUGUGCAUCCCAUCGAGUUUAACCAUCUUCCCAACGAAGACGGGUCAGACCCGUGUCACUUUUGCAGUGACUUCGCCUACGGCAUCGUGGGAUUGGGCAAACGCACAGUUGAAGUGGUUGAUCUCGGCGAUGGUCGCUACGACGAAAUCAGAAACGGCCACUCGCAAACCGGCCACCAGGCCACUCGAAUGUGCAGCAACUGCGUUCAGAGGCGCCUUCGCGUCGUCAAGUGUCUCAGCCAUCAAUUCGUCCCCAUUCAGGGGCUCACCGCGGAGUCUUUUGACUUUAGAGCGGCGUACGACAGUUUGGUUCCGGGCAUUAUCGGCCAGAAGAGAAGUGCCAAAAAUCCAUGGUGCAGUCUUUGCCCGACCCCGGGUUUUUUCCAAUGUCGGUGCGGGCUCAUUCUCUGCGAGACGUGCGAGAUCAUGGCUCGAGUUUUCGAUAGCGAUCUGGGGAAGAUAGUCGCGAGAAUUGAGGCGGAGGCGCGGGAUUUGGAGGGGACUCGUGCAGAUGUCGAAUUCAUCCUGCCGGGCAACCAGUGGGAAAAGCAGCAUGCAUUUGGAUCUGACAUUACUUGA